CCUCUCUCUGUUUCUUCUUCGAAAAGCUGACCGAAUGGGAAACGGCGUUACCAAGGUGAGCAGCUGCUUCGCCAGCUCCGGCGACAUCUCCUCCCGCCGCCACGACAUCGUCGUCCACCUCGGCGAUCCACUCCACGAAGGAUUAGGCCACUCUUUCUGCUACAUCCGGCCGGACCCAGGUCGGAUUUCGGCCCCAAAGCUUUAUUCCGACGAGACCACCACCUUCCGAUCAAUCUCCGGCGCCUCCGUCAGCGCAAAUACUUCCACAACUCUCUCCACCGUCCUCACCGAAUCUUCCACUUACAGCUCCGGCUUGGACCGUGCCUCCACUUUCGAGAGCUCCGAUUCAUUCGCUUCAAUUCCUCUACAACCCGUCCCGCGGACCCAGCUCCUCCACUUCUCGGGGCCGUCUUCCGCCGUCCUGGUCCCGGGUUCGGGUCCAAUCGAGCGCGGGUUCUUGUCGGGUCCAAUCGAGCGCGGGUUCUGCUCCGGGCCGAUUGAUCGGGCCGGCAUCUACUCUGGCCCCAUCGAGGACGAAACCCAGAAACAGAGCAGCGGCCAGCUGCAGAGAAGCCUAUCCCACGGGAGUUUCAGAGUUGAAGAAACUGAAACCAAGCCCAAGAGGAAAGGUACAAGUUUAAUUAAGAAACUGAAGAGAGUUCUUUCGAAUACCAUCUCCAGGGCGGCCCCGAAACUGAUUUCAACAAUUCCGAUCAGAGGGGGAAGCAGAGCGGGAGAAUCGGUCUCCGCGGCAAGUGUAGAGAAUUUGAAUCCGAAUAAUUGCGGCGACGACCCGGAAGACGACCCGAGCGAGUUGUCCGUAGGCAGCCAGAAUCUGCAGUGGGCGCAGGGGAAAGCAGGGGAGGAUCGAGUCCACAUCAUGAUCUCGGAGGAGCACGGAUGGGUCUUCGUGGGAAUCUAUGAUGGAUUUAACGGGCCCGACGCGCCCGAUUACUUGCUCUCCAAUCUCUACAACAAUGUGCACAAGGAGGUGAAGGGGCUGCUGUGGAACGAGCGGGCUGAACCGAAAGGGAAAACAGAGUCCGAAACAGAGGAAUCGUGGGACUGGAAAUGGAAAGGGAAAACAAGCGGCGUGAACCAUUUCGACGUGCUGAGAGCGCUGUCCAGAGCGCUUCGGAAAACGGAGGAGGCCUACUUCCAAGUGGCGGACAAGAUGGCCGGCGAGAAUCCAGAGCUGGCGUUGAUGGGGUCUUGUGUUUUAGUGAUGCUGAUGAAAGGGGAAGAUGUUUACUUGAUGAACGUGGGGGAUAGUCGGGCUGUUUUGGCGCAGAGCGGAGAGAGCAUCGGAAGGAAGAGCCAGGAUUUGGGGAUCAUUAGCGAAGAGUGUAGUAGUAAUGGUUAUGACCCAGAAGACAUUGAUGGCGAUGAGUUCUUCCGGUUCCAUAACUUAAAUUGCCUUCAGCUCACCAUGGAUCACAGCACCUCCAUAGACAAGGAAGUAGAGAGGAUCAAGAAAGAACAUCCCGACGAUCCGAAUUCAGUGAUGAACGACAGGGUGAAAGGGUAUCUCAAAGUCACACGAGCAUUUGGGGUUGGAUUUCUCAAGCAGCAAAAAUGGAACGAGCUGCUCUUGGAGAGGUUUCGAAUCGAGUACGUGGGCGUGAAUCCGUAUGUAACUUGCUUUCCGUCGCUGUACCAUCACAAACUCUGCUCCAAAGACCGCUUCUUGAUUCUGUCGUCGGAUGGUCUGUAUCAGUACUUCACCAACGAAGAGGCCGUCUCGGAGGUGGAGUCGUUUCUGUCUGCGUUUCCUGAAGGUGACCCCGCUCAGCAUUUGAUCGAAGAGGUCCUGUUUCGCGCUGCCAAGAAAGCUGGUAUGGAUUUCCAUGAGCUGCUCGAUAUUCCGCAAGGAGAUCGUAGGCGCUACCACGAUGAUGUCUCUAUUAUCAUCAUUUCUUUCGAAGGAAGGAUAUGGAGAUCGUCCAUGUAAAACAAAACAACAAAGUUGUAAAUACAAGAAGAAGACAAAAAUCAAGUAUUGAAUGAAAAAAGAGAAGAAAAAAAAAAAAAAGAGUAAACAAAUUGAUACAGACAGACAGAGUAUAAACUAUAAAGCACGCAAAUUUUGCCCUCUCUGUCAAUAUUUGUAGAUGCAUGAAACAACUGUGGAAGUGGAAAGUUUUGACCUUUUGCCAUGUAGAA